GACGUUUCCACUUUUCACUGGAGCUUGGGAGGUUUCUACCGACGGAAAAAUUAUUUUAGGAUAGUUAAAGUAUCAAUUUACUUUUUUAUUAUUCAUAUUGUGGUAUAUUUCGAGUUUUGUGUACAAAAUAAAAAAGGUGGAUGCGAAGUAUGAUCACAAUAUGGAAUUUCAAACAAAAACCGUAAGAGAGUUAAAGACCUAUUCGCGAUCUACAAAGCUUCGGCAAAAUUCUGAAGGUUUACCUGUACUUGAAAACUCUGAUGAACCUUUAACAACAAAAGACGCAAUACGGUUUCUCCUGAAUGGAACGUUAAGGUUGCGGGUUUGCAGAUAUUGUUUAAAUAAAACUAGCGAUUUAAAUGAAUUGGACGAAGUGUUAGUAUUAGCGGGAAAAAGUGGGUUAUACGAGGUCACUGUAAAGGAUAUAAUCGCUAGCUUCCACCCAUUCAAGGUUGCAUAUGACCCCAAUUUUCCUAAUAAAAUAUGCAAAAAAUGCCUAGACAAGGCUUUAGCCUGCUACCUCUUCACACAACAGUGUGAACAAUCUGAACGAGCAUUGCGUAAUUAUUUUGAAGAUAUAGAUGAGAAGUUCCAUAAGCUUGACCCCUUGGAACCUGUUAAAAAGAGAGGAAAACGAAAAUUAAAACCAAACUACAAUGUUUUGUAUGCAGAGCACUUAAAUAUCAUAGAUUAUGCUGAACCUAUAAUGAAUAUAGUCAAUUUAAAUACAAUACCGCUAGAAAUUAUGCAAGAAAAUGAACUAGAAUGUUCUAAAUGCUGGAAGAUUCUUCCGGAUAAGUUUUCCCUGGCCAACCAUGAGAAAUCUCAUCCAAAAACAAUGUGGUACCAUUGUAAGUUAUGCGGCAAGUCAUUUGUCAAGUAUUUCCAACUAAAGAAGCAUAAACGUCUUGUUCAUAGUCGAUUUGACGAAAUAGCAAAGCCUGAGAUUGGAUUCACUUGUCAGCAAUGCGGUAUUCAUAUUAAAUUAUUAGAUGAACAUCUGCGGCACAUAGAGAAGCAUAAGUUCAAGAAUUCUUUGGACAAUUUGAUAAAACGAAACACAUCAAAUAUGUGUUCCAUAUGCUUUAGCGACAAUGAAGAUUUGACAGGAUUGAAUGAAACCAUGAGUUUUCAUGGUGGUCAUCCAGGUUUGACGGGAGAGAGAAGUAUAUAUAGCAUGGUGUCUUCUGUAUUUCCAGAUAUUACAUUAGCUUCCUACACUGGAACCAAAAUUUGCAAACAUUGCCUUAGUAAAUUGACUACAACAUACAUAUUUUUGCUAUCAGUUAAAAAUAUAAGAAAUAGACUAAAUACUUGUAUAAGCUUAAUCUUAGGUGAUUUAGAUAAUGUUGAAGAAGACAAAAAUAUUAUUAUCGAAAUAGGCCAAGAUGCCAUUCUCCCUAGUUUUGAGUAUGAAGACAUAGACCUAAUUAAAGAUGAGGACAUGAAAGUAGAUGUUUUGGAAGAUGAAUUUAGGGUUUCAGACAGUGAAUCUAUAAAAAGUGAGCAUCUCAUGAAGGAGGAAGAUGACAGUGAUUCUGUGUUAAGUGAAAUGAUAAGUUCCCCAGAUGAAAUUGAAUUUGAGAAUCCUGCUAAGAAUGCAACUAAAACAUAUGCUAAAAGAAAUGCAGUUAAUGGUUAUCAAUCUUACAUGGACUGUGAAUAUUUGGAUGAUGUUUGCAGUGAGUUUCUCACUUUCAGGAAGCGAACAAAAAGCAAGAAAAAUUGCCUCUUCACAUGCCCACUUUGUCAUAAGCAUUUCGUGUCAGAUUAUUUUUUGAAUAAACACAUUUUAAAGCAUAGAUUUGAAACAGUAAAGUGUAAAUAUUGUACAAGAACAUUUAAAUCUAAAUUUCAUUUGUUUGAACAUGUUAAAGUGGUUCAUUUGAUUAAAACAGAGGUGUUUGGCGAGUGUGAUGUAUGUGGUCGUAAUUAUAUAGAUGCAGUAAAAUUAAAUAAACAUAUCAAACGGCAUCACGAUACACAAUGUCUGCUUUGUGACAAGUUUUUCAAGACGCAAGUACACCAUGAUAGGCACAUGCAAAGACACAUAAUGAAAUUCAAAAAGAGUAACCGGGAAGAAACCUUAACUUGCAGCUUUUGCGAGAAGGCGUGUAUAAACGAAAAUGAUCUCUCACUGCAUGUGAAUAAAGUUCAUUUAUUGAUGAAACCAUACAAUUGUGACAUGUGCGAGAAACAAUUUUACACUGAGUAUAAUUUAAAUUGUCAUAAACGGUUACAUACUAUGUUUUCUAAGGAAGAAUGCAAUUUUUGCAGUAGAGUUUUUAAAUGUAGAAAGAAUUUGGUUGUGCAUUUACGGAAGCACAUUAAUAUAAAGCCACAUUAUUGUCCAGUUUGUUCGAAAUCAUUUUAUUCAGAGUCAAGUAUGAAACGUCAUAUGAAAAUGUACCAUGGGGGUCGAUUUUGCUGUAGGUUGUGCCGAACGGUAGUAGAUAGUAAUACAGAUUUGAAAAAUCAUAUUAAAGUGGCGCAUAGUUGUAUGUAGCAUUCGCUAAUAUAACCAAAGUUUGAGUUUUUAUAAAGUGGAUGUUAUCUUUAAUUCAGCAUUGGUCUUAGACUGCUAAAGAUAGAUAUAAUAGGCCUGAAAUUUAGGUCUUCAUUAUAGUACUUCAUAUCCCUAUAGACACAAAGAUGAGUAGUUGUAAUUUUAAAACAUCAUGUAACAUCCAAAUUUUAUAUUAUUAAAAAUAACAUGAAUUCUUAAAUGUAGAAAAUGUUUAUAACCUGGUAAUUUGUCAUGAAUGAUUUCAUAUACCAUUCAGUGGCUUAUAUAACACUCAUAAAAUGAUUAAAAUAUAUGCACAACUUAUUAUUGCCUGAUAUAUAUCUUAAAUUAUCAUUUAUAUAAUAUUUGGUUCAUGAUUCAAAGUGAUUCAUAAAUAUUUAUAUAUUGUAUUAUGAUGCCUUGAGUGAAAAAGGGAAUGCAAUAAAUUUACAAUUAUUUAUAGUCACAUUAUAUGCAUAAUGUUAAUUUAAUAUAGAAGAGUAAAUAUGAACUAUAUUAAAAAAUAAAAAAGCACACAAUAUACCAAAAUUAUUUUUGGAAAAAUAAUUUGUAUUCAAUAUUCUAAUUGAAGAUAUAUUGGUAUAAAAUUAGUUGUAUUAACAUGAUUUCAUUAAUUAUAAUAAGGCCUAAUUUUGAUAUAUUUUUAUUUUUGUUUAAAAUUAUAUAGAUUUGUAGGUAUAUUAUAGUUGUGUGCUCUGCGCAGCGACGUAUGAAAUAUAGAAAUAAAAUUAUUUGUAAUAU